CUCGACCCUGUUACCGAGUUUGUUAUGAUAAGUCGAGGCCUCGGACUAAAUUAGGAGCCAACCCCCCGUGUUUAUCCGGGCGAAUCCCGUAAUGGAGGGCAUGGACCUGGACCAGGAGCUCAUGCAGAAAUUCAGCUGCAUGGGUACAACAGACAAAGAUAUCCUCAUAUCAGAAUUUCAGAGACUUCUUGGGUUUCAGCUAAACCCCGCAGGAUGCGCCUUCUUUCUGGACAUGACCAACUGGAAUUUACAGGCAGCCAUUGGAGCCUAUUAUGACUUCGAAAGUCCCAACAUCAGUGCACCCUGCAUGUCCUUUGUAAAGGAUGUGACGAUUGGUGAGGGUGAAUCCGUUCCACCUGACACACCUUUCACAAAGACCUGGAGGAUACAGAACACCGGUGCAGAGUCAUGGCCUCCAGGAGUUUCUCUGAAGUAUGUUGGAGGAGAUCAGUUCGGCCACAUAAACAUGGUGAUGGUGCGUUCUCUAGACCCGCAGGAAAUGACUGAUGUCAGUGUGCAGAUGCAUAGUCCUGUAUCUCCGGGUAUGUACCAGGGCCAGUGGAGAAUGUGCACAGCUACUGGACUUUUCUAUGGAGAUGUAAUUUGGGUGAUCCUGAGUGUGGAGGUUGGAGGCCUCCUUGGUGUCACACAGCAGCUUUCCUCUUUUCAAGCUGAGUUCAACACCCAGCCUCAUCGUAACCUGGAAGGAGAUUAUAACCCCUUCGCCUCACCAGAGAAAAACAAGUGCCCUAACAGCAACAACAACAGCCUUCACGAUGACAGCAACCAUAGAGUUGCAGAGGAACAUUGGGAGGGAAGCCCAAACCAGCUGCAGCAAGACCAGAAUGGACUUUCACAAAACUCUGUGGAUAUAUUAGCAAACAGUCUACAAAGCAAUCUAUCAGUAGUCUCUUGCAACCAGGGUAUACAGGAGCCCUAUCCAUUUGGGCACUCUUAAAUCAUGGGACUUGUGAAGGAGUGAAGCAGCACUAAAAUCAUACCUCUGGAGUCUGUCACACCAACAAAAGAAAGAAGAGGUUCAUCAGUAGAGAGUGGAGAGUGUGGAGAUUCAAAAACACUUUAUGCAAAGUCCAGUUAGACUGAAUAUCCGGAGGCCAACGCUCCUGACAUGCAGCUCAACCAACAUCCUGCACCCACUGUAUGCACGUGUGAAUGCUAAGUUAAAAAUGAGUGCUAUGAGUCUUUUGAGUGAUAACUUUUUUUCUUUUAUUUUUCAAAAAAAAAUAAUUUUUUUAGCAGUCAGAGUACCCAUUAAACAGAUGACAGGAGUGUGUGAAUGUUUGUGUAUUUGUGUGUGGAUUGUGCAACAUGACAAAAGAGAAUUUGGAGGAAAAGCCAUUCACUUUGCCAACUGAUUCUCCGGUUUCUACUCUGAUUUAUUGGUAUGUUGAUUAGGUUUGUGGACUCUUUGUUGUCUAGACUACUAAAUUCCUGAAACAUAAUUUAUGCAUUUUUAAAGAAACAAUAUUUUCCAAAAGCUUAUUUGAAAGUUAGAUAAGUCUAAACUGUGUUUUUCAUGCCACAUACAGUAUGACCAGUAUUUUGUAAGCCGUUAGCUGGAAGUUUAGAAACAGUGCAGCUUAUUUAAACAAGAGGGAAUCGGCCAAAUUGAAGCUAAGAUCAGAGAAACAGAAGUCUCAUACAUUAAUUACAAAUAUUUUCUGACAUAAAUUAUUUUGUAUUAUUGGUAAAUGUUCCUGACUUCAUAGUUGGGUCAUUAAUUCAUACAUUAAUUCAUAAAAAGUUUUAAAAAACUAGAUUCCUGCAAAGUAUAAGAUGCGUAAUUCAAGUCAUAUAAACAGAAGUAAAGACAUAAUUUCUCAUUAUGAAUCCGUUUGGUUGUUUGUUUACUGCUUCAAAUUCAACUUAAAGCUGUCUUGGAAAUGUUUUUAACAUAUUAAGUUGAAUGUAAAUGAUGAAUGUAGAAGGGGAAAAUUCUUUUGGAAACACAUAAAUUUACCCAAAGAUUCUUAAUGGGAUAUUUUCAUUCAACUGUCAGUUUUAUUCAUGUUAUUGUUGGUUUUCAUCUCGUUAAAUUUAUGUUUGAGAAGUUCCAUUUAAAAGACUACAAACGGUCUCAUUGAUAUUUCUCAUUUAAUCACACGCUUGAUUUUUUUUUUUUAUCACCAAUCAAAUAACUGAUUCAUAUCCUUUUUUUUUUUUUUAAGUAAUGUUAUUCAGCAUUUACUUACUUGCUAAUCUAUGCACUGAGUAAUGAACCCCAAUGGCAAGGCCUCAGUGUACCUUUUCUCCUUGGUAAGAAGGUGUGUUUUUUUUAUGCUGUGUGUUAGAUCCCUGUCAUACCCUUUUAUGUUGAGGCCUGUAACCUGAUGAGAGUUGACGUGAGAACACCGUUCAGCUGACACUUGAGGAUCCAUGAGAUCUAAAUGUUGCUUAGAACAAUGUGCAUUUCCUGUUAAUAAAGAGAGAGAUUAAUGUUUAUCUUGCUAUCAGAGGUAGUUAUUGUCAAUUUAAUGUAAUAUUGCAAAGUUUCCACUGGCCAAAAUGAAUUGCAGAAUGAAUCAGUUGGCAUUAGACUCAAACAGCAGCACAUUUAGGUGAGUGAGAAGCAAACAGAUGAAAGCUUAUUUCUGGUAUGUUUGAUGAAUGUUUGUAUGAUUAAAUUAUCAGUGAAAAUGAAA